UUCACGGCCUCCGUCGAGCUUCUUCCGAAGCCGGCCUUGCUCAUGAACGUGCCAAUGAACGAUCGUGAGCUCUAAAAUUCCACACCUGCCAUGUUGUCGCUAGCCCCAAGUCACGAUUGGCUUCAAGCAACAGAUGUCUGCUUCGACACCACAAAUUCCUCUUCCGGGCGAGAUAAGCAAGGAGUCUUUCAACAGAUCAGGCCGCUUUAUAGAUGUCUCAAACCCGUCCAAGGUGCUGGAGACCCCUACGCCCAGUCACAAAAGUUCGACAUCCAGCUCGUGAUGAGGGGAGUCAGCCGAUAACAUUCCGAGUCGUCGGCCACAACUAUUACGUUACCGAAAUCAAGUCGGUCCAGUGUUGCUGUAAAGCACGCUUCGACACGGUAUCAGCUUCAUAGUGCGUCUACAAGGGCGAGUGUCACAGUUCUCACGAUGAGAAACGAUAAAGUACCCCGGAAAACACCCAGCUGAAAGCGAUCCCUCUGCGCCCGAUUUGGGCAUUCUUUCCAUCAUCCGCCACAGCUUCCCUAGAGCCUCCACUUUUGAUACAAUAUGCCCCUCCACACCUUGUUUCUCCUUGAGCCAGUCAGCAAUUUACAUCUCUUAGCUCUGCAUUUUCAUUGGACGCUUGACCACUGGACAAGUCAGGUGUGCUUAGCUCUCCUGACCGAUCUAUUGACUAAGCUAGGAAUCUACCUCCAAACGAGACUCCGCUCUCGUUACUUUCCGCAGUACUUAGCGACUUUCAAAAUCGGAUAACUAGCUCUGGUAUUGGUGAAAAGCCAUUAUAUUUCUCAAUCAUACAAUUCAGGAAGACGUGAGACACUGCAGUAAUCCACAACUCUGCAAUGCGCAUACUUUGGGAGUAUACGAGAAACUGGGGCUGAUGCGUGUGCAGUCUCUCUUUGCCAAGGCCUCACGACUGCGACGAGAAUAUCAAUGGAACGGUUUUCCCAAAAUAAUUUCAACGCUACGCAAGCUGUUUCUUGCCAUGUGUUGCCAUGAGUUUUGGGCUGGACAAUACACAUGACCGACGCUACCAAUGAAAUGUGGCGCACGGCCCGACAGGCGUGUGAUAAGAGAAACUAAUGAUCAUGGAUCAAAAUCGCGAACGAAUAGUUCCAGGAUCGUGGCUCCAGAGCUUCUCCACAGAAGUUUGAAUGGGAGUCAUUAGUGAAUUUAGCAAACGAGUCCUGCUCAACAGUUAUGCCUGAAUCGAUUAGUGCGGACAGCUCACAGCGCGCUUGCGGCAUCUUCACCGAUUGACGGUCUCGCCGCAUGGAACACAGAGAUUGCAACAUGAUCGCCGUUUUAACUAGUGUGGCUUUCAUGUGCUCCAGCGGCUAUACCCGUCUAUAAGAAUGGUUUCUCAACGGCAUAUGGUCAAGUUCUUGGGCUCUACUAUCAUUUCAGAUAGCUAGUAUCAACACUUUCAGACAUUGGCACUCCACAGAUCAUUAUUAGAAACUCAAAUCGGUUCACCGCUAAGCCGAGUUUAGUUGGAUUCCAAAGAUCUCCUCCCUCUUCACAAGUGAUACCUCUAUAUUUCAAUAGUGUGCUUAAUACCCACGAAUGAUCUAAAGCCAUCGCUGUACCUACUUCAAACUGACCUCAACGAUAACAAAUAACAGUUCUGCGCUGUUAUACUAGUAACGGCUGUAUUCAGUCUUGUAUUUCUUGGAUUUACGCGAUGACAGAGGUCCUUAAUCCAUUUCAAUCCUCGAUGUUGAUGGCACUUGAUAACACAACAUGUCAAGCCGACCUGUCGACACCAUCUUCUUUUAAAACCAAGAUGACAGUCAAAGAGGAUUUCGACGCAUCAAAACAUCUCAUAUUCGAAAUGCCCGAGGUGGUUAUGAUGGAAGAUAUUGGUUACUCCAAAGAUGUUGGCAUUUCUCCUGUGGCAGUGUCAAAGCCAUUCCAGCUAUUUUCACACGACGCGGUCAUGCAAAUGCGCCGCGAAGUUUUUGAUGUUCGGGAUAAUCAUCCAGAGAAUAUGUUCCAAAGCAAUAUUGCGCCCUGUCAGCUUCGAGGCUAUGUUCCCAAAUAUGCGCCUUUUACCUAUGAUGCAUGGACACAUCCGGACACUUUGGCGGCCAUCUCAAAGGUUGCUGGCGUUGAUCUUGUGCCUUGGGGUGAUUACGAGAUUGCUCACAUCAACUUGUCCACUAAGAGUACCGCACAAGUUCAGCUCGAACUCGAUGAGCUUGAGAGCAAGAAACGCGCUCAUGCAGAAGACGAGGGCAUUGGCGGUUGCCCACAUGAGGACGAAAAACCAAUUGUCGGGUGGCAUAAAGAUAGCUAUCCAUUUGUCUGUGUCCUCAUGCUCAGUGACUGCACCAAUAUGAUAGGCGGCGAAACCGCCAUCCUAAAGGGUAAUGGCGAGAUUGAGCGUGUUCGUGGUCCAUCCAUGGGAUGCGCUGUGGUCCUGCAAGGGCGAUACAUAACGCACCAGGCACUUCGUGCCCUUGGUGCCACAGAGAGAAUUACUGCUGUCACUUCAUUCCGGCCUAGGUCGUCAAUGCUUCGCGAUGAUACCGUUCUUAAUACUGUGCGUCCUAUCUCCGACUUGUCCACUUUGUACUACGAAUUUUCUGAGUACCGACUGGAAAUGCUUGUGGAUCGGUUCCAAGCUCAACUGAAGAAACUUCGUACUGAGCACCGCGCUGGGAAGAAAACCGAUGUUACUCAAUUACUCUCGUUCCUGAAUGAACAGCAAAAUUUCAUCGCUCACAUGACCCGUGAGAUCGUGCCCUACAAUGACGUUAUCAAGGGCUUACUACCUAAAGAACAUGUCCCAGACGACGCGCCCUCUGAGGACGCCACGCCGGGAGGGUUGAGUUAUCUCGAGGGAGGGACUCCCUCGAAACGACCUCGAGUAGACUAGACCAUGUUCUGAAUAGGCAGUAUGACCAAAGAUAUUAUGCUUUUCGCGGGGUUUUACAUGAGAAGUGUUUCACGUACGUCUCGGUUGUUCUCGCAUGGUGUUUUGGUGUAUCAUAGAAUGGCACAACCUCUAAUUUUACCUAUUUCUAAUCAAUCCAAUCCGGGAGGCUGGUUUGGCUUCUCGCUAGGUCCAAUCACAAUAUAUCUUGUCUUAG